AUGUCCAAUUCAUCCUAUGAAUCAGCUCGACCUAUUCCUGGCAAGUGCUACUGUGGAAUCCCCCCCAAAGUCGAGACUUCGUGGACUAGCACCAAUCCUGGAAGAAAGUUUGUUGCGUGUAAGUUUUAUGAUGCCUAUACUGGUAGGCGUGGAUACAACUUUUUUGAAUGGAUUGAUGUAGAGAUUGUGGAAUGGCAAAGGGUGAUUACCAACCAGCUUGUGUUGGAGAAGAAGCUGAUGAAGGCAGAAAUUGCUAAUUUGAAGCAAGAGGUUUGUUUGCUACAAGAUCAAAACGCAAGAUUGGUUGAGAAAAAUGAAAAAUUCAGCAAGAAAUUGAAAGGUUCAUCUUUGGAGUUGAAGAACUCAAGUUCCCCUGCCAAAUCAGGCUACAGGACAGUGGGUUUCUAUGUUGUAUUUGGGAUGAUGAUUAUGUACCUAGCAUUUGUUUUUAUGUUUUGA